AUGGAAGACGCUCCAAACGUCCAGGUGUCAGAGGCCAGUCCCGCUGUGCCUCAAGUGGACCUCCCCAAGCGCGAGGCCGCUGGCGAUGUCGCGGCAGUGAGCGAGCCUCCAGCCAAGAAGGCACGAGUGGAGGAACCCACUGAAUCUACUGAGCCUAUCGCGAAGGAUAUGCGCGAUAGAGGUAUUGCGCCAGUGAAGGCUGAGUACCGUAUCGAGACCGCACCCAAGCCCCGUCCUACAGAAGAGAUAAGCCCCGACGAUGCGGCCGAGGCCGCUCCUCGCGAUGCCCGUGAUGCGCGCGACGGUGGCAAAAAGGACAAGCAAGAUAAGAAGAAAAAGAAGAAGGGACAAAACACCAACCGCAGCUACGGCAAGUCCGAAGAUGCCAAGGGCCUGUGCAGCACGAGAAUGUUCGCCAACGAGUUCUCUGCCGGCGAAUGUCAAUUUGGCGCCGACUGCCGAUUUGAGCACGACCUGCGUGUUUACCUGAAGGAUCACAAGCGUGAAGAUCUCCACACUUUCAAUGACCUCUGCCCCGUCUACGAGGCCAUGGGCAAGUGCUCUGCCGGCUGGAAAUGCCGCAUGGUCGGUUCUCACUCGACUGAAAGAGAAACCGAGGAUGGCAGAAAGGAAUUGAUCUUGCUGGAAGACGCUGAGCGCGUAGAGAAAGCCCGACCCCGUCAUCCGAAUGCGACAGCUGACGGAAUUGUCAAUAUCAUUCCCGUUACAGACAGAAUCGCCCUCACAAGGAAGAAGGAAAAGACACCUCGAGCCGACGCUUACACCACUUGGGCCAACCAAGUAUCCGCGGAGCUAGAGAAGGCGAUUCAUCAGCGAUCAACCGUCCGCGACCAGAAUGGAGAUGUUGUCGAACCAACCGAGGCCGCAAAGAUCGAGAUGGAGGAGAACCGCGCUCAAUUCCUCGAGCCCCCAUUCAUGCCUUCCGAGAAGAGACGUAUCUACUUUGGACCAGAGACUCCCGUUCUGGCACCUCUUACUACCCAAGGUAACAUGCCGUUCCGACGACUCUGCGGAGAUCUCGGCGCCCAGUUCAGCUACUCCGAGAUGGCUAUGAGUAUGCCAUUGAUUCAAGGUACCAAAUCUGAGUGGACCUUGCUGAAGGCACACGAAUCUGAAAUGGCCCCGCCUUCCGUCAUCCCGGGAGAGAACAUUGUUCAAGGAUAUGACAACUCCAAGGAUUCAAGAUUCGGAGCCCAGAUCGCUGCCAACAAGCCCUGGCAAGCUCUCAAGGCGACCGAGGUGCUUUCAAAGUUCACACCGAACCUGCGCGUGAUUGAUCUGAACUGCGGUUGCCCCAUUGAGCUUGUGUUCCGCGAGGGUGCUGGUUCAGCUCUACUUGACCACCACUCCAAGUUGGAGAAGAUGAUCCGCGGUAUGAACGCCGUGUCGCAGGAGAUCCCAAUCACAGUCAAGAUCCGCAUGGGAACCAAGGACAACCAGCCCACCGCCCAGAAGUUGGUUGAGCGUAUGGUCCUCGGUGGAUACGAGUCUAACGUUCUCAACCUUGGACCUCCUGGUGCCGCAGCUAUUACUCUCCACGGCCGUAGCAGACAGCAGCGCUACACUCGCCAGGCUGACUGGGGAUACAUCUCAGAGACUGCAGCUCUUAUCAAGAGACUCAACCAAAAGAAGGAUUCGCUCACUGACACCAUCCGUGAACCGGAUGAACGCCAAAUGCCCAACGGCGGCAAGACUUACUUCCUUGGAAACGGUGAUUGCUACUCGCACGUCGACUACGACAACCACGUCACCAACGGUGGUGUGGACUCCGUCAUGGUGGCCCGUGGAGCCUUGAUCAAGCCCUGGCUCUUCGAGGAAAUCCAGAGUGGUCAGUACUUGGACAAGUCUGCGACCGAGCGUCUGUCCUACAUUGAGAAGUUCGCCAAGUACGGUCUUGAGGCUUGGGGUUCUGAUGAACACGGUGUUGGAACUACCCGCCGCUUCUUGCUGGAAUGGCUUAGCUUCACUUAUCGCUACGUUCCGAUCGGACUUCUGGAAUACCUUCCCCCCAACAUCCAGCACAGGCCUCCUGCCUGGCGCGGUCGUAACGAGCUGGAGACUCUGAUGGGCAGCGGUAACUACAAGGACUGGAUUAAGAUCACUGAGAUGUUCCUCGGCCCUGCUCACGAAAACUUCAACUUCGAGCCCAAGCACAAGUCGAACUCCUACGAUGAGGCUGAGGGUUAA